AUCCCUUGGGUUUGGGACGACACAUUUUCUCCUUUUUCUUUUGGGUUUUAGGUGGAGAUGUUGUGACUUCAGGUUGCAGCUUGCUCUAGCUGCAUUUACUUUUGUCUCCAUGGGCCUGUGGUUUCAAUCAGUGUAGUGCAGCUGAAAGCCUUUAUUAAUUGCACAUACCCAGUCCCUAGCUUGACUUCUCUUUCCAUCCUUACACCGACAACUCAUGCCUACUUCCAUUUUUCUACAUAUUAAUAUGAUACGAUUCUCCGCCGGCCAAUUCAUUUCCUUGCUCCAACCAUAUGCCCUAAUUCACCACAUAUCCCUCUCGUAAAUAUCCACAUUUGCAUAUAUAACUCCCUCUGCGCGCAGUUAUCCUCUCUGCAACCUUUCAUCAGAACAUGGUACCUACGAAGAAGUUCAGAGGCGUCAGGCAGCGCCAGUGGGGCUCUUGGGUCUCCGAAAUUCGCCAUCCAUUACUGAAGAGGAGGGUAUGGCUGGGCACUUUUGAGACGGCGGAGGCCGCGGCGCGAGCCUACGAUCAGGCAGCCAUCUUGAUGAAUGGGCAGAACGCCAAAACAAACUUUCCGGUGGUGCAGAAUGUUAGUGAUAACCCAGAAGAUCAGCCCACAAAGGCAGCCAGCGAGGAUAAUGAUAAUGGGUACCCAUUGUCAUCGGAGGCUCUGUCUGAAAUCCUCACCGCAAAACUCAGAAAGUACUGCAAGGAGCCGUCGCCUUCUCUCACAUGCCUGAGGCUUGACACCGACAGCUCCCACAUAGGCGUAUGGCAGAAGCGAGCGGGGCCUCGCUCUGGCUCCAACUGGGUCAUGCGGGUUGAGCUUGGGAAGAAAAAGAAGAAACAAGAUUUGGACGGUACUGAGUCGCCGCCGUUGGCGAGCUGUGGGGUUGCAGAAGGUGCUCCCGUGGCUGAAGAUGAGAACAUUACGAUGCAAAUGAUAGAAGAGCUUCUUAAUUGGAAUUGUUAGUCGCUGGACCGCAAGCAGUUAUUUUAUUAUCUUCUGCACUCUCUCUCACUCUCUCACUCUCUCUCACUCUCGCUCACAAGUGUUCCAAUCACGGUAUAGGUACGGAUUGGUCACAACUGAAAGUUACUACUUUAAUGAAAGUUAUUUUUAUAAGUUGUACAGAAAUGCUAGCUUGCUUCUGAGCGUGAAGCCAAUAAAUUAUUUAAUGCAGCGUUGAAUGAAGUAGAAAA